AGACGUCAAUCAGCUGCUCGUACCGAACGUAGUCGGCAUCCAGACUCUUGUGGUUGUUCUGUCGCAGGGAGUUCAGGCAAUUGAUUCUUAGUCGAGCGUUUAAUUAUAAUAAAUUAAUUCUGCGAUAAUAAAAUCCCGGGUUAGUGCAACAUGGCGUUAGUUUCACGGAUUUGCGCUCGCACGCUGCUUCAGGCCUCCGCUAGCUCGACUGCUCGGUCGCUGCAUACAACCCCGGCUCCCCAACAACAGCAAGCACCAAUCGAAGGCGCCAAGCGGACGACCUGCACAUUGAUUCCUGGCGAUGGUGUUGGCCCCGAAAUUGUCUACUCCUUGCAGGAGGUUUUCAAGGCAGCUGAUGUUCCCGUCGAUUUUGAAACCUAUUUCCUUUCUGAAGUCAACCCAAUUCUUAGCGCAAAACUUGAAGAUGUGACCAGCUCCAUUAUGAAGAACAAAGUCUGCAUCAAGGGAAUUCUCGCAACACCCGAUUACAGUGUGGAGGGAGAGCUACAAACCUUGAAUAUGAAGCUUCGAAAUGAGCUUGAUUUGUACGCCAACGUUGUACACGUACGAAGCUUGCCAGGUGUGAAGACCAGACAUAAGAACAUUGACUGCGUCAUCAUCCGUGAACAAACUGAAGGAGAAUAUUCUGCGUUGGAGCACGAAUCGGUACCCGGAAUCGUUGAAUGCUUGAAAAUCAUCACGGCCAAGAAAUCAAUGAGGAUCGCCAAGUUCGCGUUUGAUUAUGCUACAAAGAACAACCGCAAGAAGGUCACAGCCGUGCACAAGGCGAACAUCAUGAAGCUCGGCGAUGGGCUCUUCUUGAAGUGUGUUGAGGAAAUGUCCAAGCUCUACCCUCGUAUUCAUUUCGAAAAGAUGAUCGUAGACAAUACAACUAUGCAAUUGGUCUCGAAUCCUAACCAGUUCGACGUGAUGGUUACACCGAAUUUAUAUGGUAACAUUAUUGAUAAUAUCGCCUCAGGUUUAGUCGGUGGUGCUGGUGUGGUAGCUGGCGCUUCCUAUUCAGCUGAAACUGUUGUCUUCGAACCGGGUGCACGUCACACCUUCGCACAAGCUGUCGGCAAGAAUGUUGCCAACCCAACCGCCAUGUUGCUCUGCGGUGCCAAGCUGCUCCGGCAUAUAAAUUUGCACUCGUACAGCGACGUAAUCGUGAAUGCCAUUACUAAAGUUUUGGAACAGGGAAAAGUAAGAACCAAAGAUUUAGGCGGUCAAUCUACAACGCAGGACUUCACCAAGGCCGUUAUCUAUAAUCUCCACUGAGUGAUGAGACAAUAAAAAGGAUUGUCUGCCACAUUGUUGACAUUUAGCGAAUCCAAUACUUUUUAUUUGAUAGAAAGUGUUCUUUGUUUCGUUGUUAUCGCUCUAAUAUUUUCUUUUUGAUUUUAAUAUUUAUGAAAUAUUCGUCGUAAGAAUGCAUAGGACACUGUUUUCAGUAUUUGUCAAUUUAUUUUAAUUUCUUCAGGUUAAAUUAAAAAUCUCAUAAUUGGAAACCUCAA